AUGAAUAAGACAAAUACUUGUAGACGAGCUUUGGAAUGCUGCCGAAAAUUCAAACAGUACUGUCAAAAUCUUAAUUUAUUUCCAUCUGUACCACUUACAACUGAUGAACAUCAACUUAAAAAUCAAAAAAUAUCAACCAGAUUAUACAUUUCUUUGUUCACCUUAUCAUUAACAAUUCUUUUCUUAUAUACAUCAUUAACCGACAUUACAAAAACUAUCACUGUUGCAACACCUACUCUUACAAAAUAUGAACAACUAUAUUCUAAGUAUUCACAAACUCUUACAUGUCCAUGUAAACAUAUAUCAAUCAACUAUGAAAAAUUCCUUUCUAUUGAAUAUACAUUUCAUCAAGUAUGCAAUAGUAUUUUUAUUACCGACAAAUGGAUUACACAUAAUGAUGUGAUUCUUCACUAUUUAUAUACUAGCAACGAUCCUCGAAUAGUAGUUUCAUAUGCAUUUCAAGCUUUAGGUGCAUUUUGUGAGCUAAUUGAAAGUACAAUUAAUAAUAGUCUGAUUCAAUUUAAUUCAACUCAAUAUAUCACUGCAUCUGUCGCAUCAUCAGAAUUAUUUAACUCACAAGCUCAAUCAUUCGUUGAUCAGUUUAAAUUAUCAACAACAAAUAAUUUUUUAUUAUCCCUCAAUAUGAUCAGAAAGACAACUCAAGGAAAUGCUUUUCUUUCUGGUCAAUUAACGAAUUACUACUUAAAGGUAAACUCGGACAGUUCCAGUGUAUCAUCAACUUCGAUAAGUUAUUCUGAUUGUAAUUGCCAUCUGUCAAGUACAUGUGUGAACCAACUUUCCAUUUAUAAGAAUGAUUCUGGCAACGUGACAUCAUUCGACGUACCAGGUUUUUAUGUAGGAUGCUAUGUAAUUGAAACAUUACUUCAAUCAACUCUUCAGUGCUUUUAUAACCAAAACUGUAUAGAUGAAUUACUACUUUACUUAACAACUGCUUCGCCAAUAAAUGCAACAGCUCUUGAUCCAUCUUUAUCAACCAAAUAUUCUGAAGAUUCAACAAUUGAAAAUCUUCUUAAUAAUUUAAUGAUCGAAGAAUGGAAUCCAACACAAAUAUACGAUCGAUAUUAUAAUGAAUGUCAACCUAUAGAAUGUACUUAUACUAUUAAAACAAGAAAUAGUGUAAUUUACAUUAUUACCACAAUGUUUGGUAUUAUUGGUGGUCUUAUCACAGUUUUAAAACUUGUUGUGCCACGAGUUGUCAAGUUCAUAAGAAAGAAGAGAAGUCGAUUAUCACCAUCAAACAUUGUAGUUCUACUGACUACUCACGGUCGCAAUUUGUUUCCAAUAUUGAAAAAUUAUUUUUUAACAUUAAAUUUAUUUCCAUCUUGGCCACCGUCAACUGAUGAACAUAAACUUAAAAAUCAAAAAAUAUCAACAAGACUAUACGUUUCAUUGCUCACCCUAUCAAUAACAAUUCUUCUCUUAUAUACAUCAUUAGCUAACAUUACAAAAACUAUCACUGUUGCAACACCUACUCUUACAAAAUAUGAACAAUUGUAUUCUGAGUAUUCACAAACCCUUACAUGUCCAUGCAAACAUAUAUCGAUCGACUAUGACAAAUUUCUUUCUAUUGAAUAUACAUUUCAUCAAGUAUGCACCAGUUUUUUUAUUACUGACGAAUGGAUUGCAUAUAUUAUGAUGUCAAAUGAAGCUACAUUCACUACUAUUAACUUUCAAUGGACAGGUUCAAAUGCAUUUCAAGCGUUACGUGCAUUUUGUGAAUUAGUUGAAAGUACAAUUAAUAAUAGUUUGAUCCAAUUUAAUUCAACUCAAUACAUUACUGCAUCUGUCGCAUCAUCAGACUUAUGGAAGUCACAAACUCAAUCAUUCAUUGAUCAGUUUAGAUCAUCAACAACAAAUACUUUUGUAUCAUCUCUUAACACCAUUCGAAAUGCAACUCACGGAGAUACUUUAGUCUCUGGCUUAUUGACAAAUAUCGUAUUAAGCGUAGGUAAAUCCAUAUCUAAUGAACCUCUUGUUUUUGCCGAUACACCAUCUUACUCUACCUGUAGUUGUGAACUAUCAAGUAGAUGCAUCGUACAAUCUACCGUUUUGGGUAGUUUGGUUAAAAUGGGACGUUUUUAUAUACCAGGUUUCUAUACAGGAUGCUAUGUAAUUGAAGCAUUACUUCAAUCAACUCUUCAGUGCUUUUAUGACCAAGCCUGUAUAGAUCAAUUACUACUUUACUUAUCAUCUGUUUCGCCAAUGAAUGUGACAGCUCUUGACCCAUCUUUAUCAACCCAAUAUUCUCAACAUUCAACAAUUGAAUAUCUUCUUAAUAGUUUAAUGAUCGAAGAAUGGAAUCCAACACAAAUGUAUGGUCAGUACUAUGACGAAUGCCAACCUAUAGAAUGUAUUUAUACUAUUGAAACAAGAAAUAGCGUAAUUUACAUUAUUACCACAAUGUUUGGUAUCGUUGGUGGUCUUAUAACAGUUCUAAGGUGCGUUGUACCACAAGUGGUCAAAGUUUUCAAUGUAACAGGUUUCUAUGUGGGAUGUUAUACGACUGAAGCAUUGCUUCGAUCUACUCUCGAAUGCUUUUAUAAUCAAACCUGUAUAGAUAACUUACAAAUUUAUUUAACAUCUGUUUCGCCAAUGUAUGUAACAGCUCUUGAUUCAUCUUUACCAAGUCAAUAUUCUCAAGAUUCAACAAUUGAAAAUCUUCUUAAUAAUUUAAUGAUUGAAGAGUGGAAUCCAACGCAAAUAUAUGAUCGAUAUUAUGAUGAAUGUCAACCUAUAGAAUGUACUUAUACUAUUAUAACAAGAAAUAAUAUACUUUAUGUUAUCACCACAUUAAUUGGUAUAAUUGGUGGAUUGACAAGAGUUUCAAAAAUCCUCGUACCAAUAUUAGUUAAAAUCAUCGUAUAUUGCUUUCGAAAAUGGAGAAAUAGAGUUGUUCCACAAAUACCAAUUAUUCAAACGUGA